AUGACCUUAUUUGGCAAUAUAGUGCAAGUGUUGGAGAAGGAGAUUGCUGAGGCUGGCCCUUCGAAGGAGAAGGAAAUGCUGAGGCAGAAAGAAUAUGAUGAAGUAAAAGUAGAGCUUCGCGAACACUUAGAGAAAGUGGGAGAUGCUGAAGCCGAUGUGAUCUUUUCAAUACCCGACGGCGUUCAGUUAUUCACUAUCGAUGGCGAGAAGACUACAACUCCGACUCAUCCAACAUCUUUACAAAUAUUGCGAUUCACCAAAAAUAAGUCAAAAAGUGGCGAGAUUGACAUACCUAGAGCUGAUCAGCCAUCAGCACUUAUUCAGGUAAUUGCAUUUUUUUCUUGAAU